GUGUGGCCCCAGCAGUGCCAUGUACCUUCCAGGACCGGCCCAGGACCACCUAUUAAAAGGAGCGAAGAUAGCUCACAUUCCAGAAGGAGGCCAGCAGUAAGGAGUUCCCAAGCCCCAUCUCAGCUCUGUCCACACUCUUCUGCCUGCCUGUCCCGCAUCAUGAAGGUCAUCGUGGCUACCAUCUUUGUCCUUCUCUGCACCAUGGCCCUCUGCUGCUAUGCAAAAAGUAGGGUUUACACCGCACCCACCUGCUGCUUCACCUACACCUCCCAGAAAAUCCCCCGCAGAAAAGUGGUUAACUUUUUUAAGACCAGCAGCCAGUGCUCCAGACCUGGUAUCAUCUUCUUCACCAGAAAGGGCUUAUAUAUCUGUGCCAAUCCCACCGAUGACUGGGUCCAGGAAUACUUCAGGGACCUGGAGAAGAGCCCCUGAGUGGUCCAGAAGGAGCCUGUUAGAGGUGUGGGUAGAUUAGGCAGCAGGGACCUGAACCAGGGGACUGCAACCCCAGAAGUUCCCUCUCCUAUGAGUCCCUCUCCCCUCCACUAACCACAUUCUGAAAACUUUCUUUAAUUU